GCUCGUGGGGCUAUUCAAACCAAUGGCACCUCGCCUUCUUCCUCGAGAGCAACCUCUGUCGAAGCAGAGACUCCCCAAGCCGGUGGCUCAGCCGCCAACGACACUUCGAUUUGUCCUGGUUGUACAGCCGAAGCCAGUGCAUUCUUCAACCAGUCUGAGAAGGAAAAUUGGAUACGCUGUGAUGUUUGCAAGGCAUGGUAUCAUUGGCGCUGUGCCUCGGUUAAUCCUCCAGAAUUCUUGUCCGAUGAGGAGAAAAGAGAUUACGCCAUUGACCGAAUAGACAAAUGGUACUGCCCACCAUGUCUGGAGCAAAAUCCUUCGCGCAAAAUCACCCUCAAGCGCCCUACUCGAAAGUCAGAUCGGAAACGAACGGCCCAAGACUACGCGAGUUUAAGUGUUGGACUGGCGUCGGAUCCGACUCGUUUCUUACGCGUUCUCGACAACAAAGAGUUUGGGAAAGAUGUGUUUCGGCGCAUGCAAGGCAGCGAACUGACGCUAGAGUGGUUGGAGGAAGAUGCCGACGCCAUGACUAGUCCUGUUUUGAUUGAGAAGCCGGAUGGCUUGGGGAUGAAGAUGCCAGGGCCAGAGUUCACGGUCGACGACGUCGCACAAUCUGUCGGCGUCGAUUCACCCCUGGAAGUCAUCGACGUAGCUACGCAAUCUGCAUCGCAUGGAUGGACGCUAGGGAAAUGGGCCAAAUACAUCGCUGAACCUGACUCGCGCGACAAGAUCUACAAUGUGAUAUCACUUGAGGUCACAGGCACCAAACUCGGCGAUACGAUACUUCCACCGCAGUUCGUGCGCGACCUGGAUUGGGUAGACAAUUUCUGGCCGAACACGAAAAAGGGCAAGGGUCAUGCGUUUCCCAAAGUCCAGUUGUACUGUUUGAUGGGCGUGACGAAGGCUUGGACGGAUUGGCAUGUCGACUUCGCCGGCUCCUCGGUUUACUACCAUAUCUUGCGCGGCUCCAAGGUGUUUUACUUUAUCAAACCCACUGCAGCAAACCUGGCGGUCUACGAGAAAUGGUCUGGGACCGAGCUACAGAACUCAUCUUGGCUCGGAGACAUGGUGGAUCAGGUGAUCAAAGUCGUCCUGACGGAAGGGAACACUAUGAUUAUCCCCAGUGGCUGGAUUCAUGCAGUUUAUACCCCAGUCGACACGAUCGUCUUCGGUGGAAACUUUUUGCAUUCAUUCUCGGUGCCUAUGCAGCUGAAGAUCAGAAAAAUUGAGAUUAACACACAUGUACCCAAGAAGUUCCGAUUCCCGUUGUUCUGCAGAUUAUGCUGGUAUGUUGGCGAUAAAUAUCUCAGAGAUCUCAAGGCUCUGAGUGGACCAGAUUGGUCUCCUCGGCUGCUUUCGUCCUUGCUUGCGCUGGCCGAUUUCCUUGUCUCAGAGGCCCGCAUGCUAGAAACCGGCAGCGAGGCAGCAAAGAAAGAGAUGAAGGACCAGGUGCCUGCGGAUCGAGUCAAGGACGCUGCGGCACUGGCCCGGGAAUUGCGCUGGCGACUGCGCAUCGCUUCUGGUAUCCUGAGCGACGACGAAGGAACUCCUAGGCCUGUCAGCACUGCCGUCAAGCGACGACGCGAAGGAAACGACGACGGUCCUGCGAAUUUCAAACAUUUCAGACCCAGGAGAUGGGACAAUCUCGUCGAACAGUCACAGGAAUCCGACGCACGCACUCUUAAAGCGAGGCAACCUUCAGACGAUGACGACUCGUGGAAGGAACACUGGAUGGAAUGGAGCAAUAACACAGGCGAUUUAGAAAGCUCUCAAACAGAAGCCGAAGUCAAAACCAGAACUGAGACUAUCAUUCGCAUCCGAAGAAAUGAGACCGGCCUUGAGAGGCAGCGGGUCGAGCGAGUUGUUGAGUACUGGAGGUGGCACUAGCCUCAUUGCAAUCGCCAUCACGAUAAAUAAAUAUUCGACUUUUUUGUGACUUCAUUUAUUCAAGUAAUCACCGUGAUCCAGUCUACCCCUCUACUUACCGUCUGGUACUUAGUACCUACCUGCGAGCAACACGAUCACGUGUGAAGUUGGCCAUCCUUCGCACCAUGUCUUCUACCGUGAAAACGCCCUCUCACCGUCGAGUUCGCUCUGAAGCCAAGACCCCUUCAAAGACGCCUUUGACUCCAACAUUGGUUUCUGCGUUCAACGCUGUAUCCAUUGAGAGCCCAAUCAAACGUACAACCUCUUCAGCUAUCCCUCUAUCCGACGCAUUCCAGCGCCAGGCGAACGGGGGCCUCAUACGUAAAGGCGGGGUUGAAAGUAGAAUAGACGUUGUUACCCUGGACUACGUCCCACCUCCGGCGAAACCUGCUGAAGUCAAGCGCACCCGUUCCACACCCGUCAUCAACGUCUCUGAGCGCGAUCGAUUUAUCACCGCACGCGACCAUACCCUCGAGGUCUCAGCCACUCUCGAGCAGAUGUCUCUCAAUCCACCCUCCGGCUCGCCCACUCACACAGCCCGGCUGGCAGCCGCUACCGGAGUGCCUUUGAAUAAACGUAUUCUUGGAUACCAUUUGCCUCCUCCAUCAUCAUCUGCAGACAAGACGCUGACACUCCAGCGUGAGUUCGCUCGCCCGCUUUACGCCAAUCGCCCAGGCUCGAUUUCCACCUCGACUGGUUCUACUACGAACAAGUCGCGCAAGAUUUCCACUCAGCCGGAGCGAGUUCUAGAUGCACCGGGGAUGGUCGACGACUUUUACCUCAACCUGCUUAGUUGGUCGGCCAUGAAUUGUGUGGCUGUGGCAUUGGAAAGCAGCACAUACAUCUGGAGGGCGGACACCGGUGCGGUGAUGCAGAUGGGUGAGGCACCCGCAGGUACGUAUGUCAGCAGCGUCAACUUCUCCAACGAUGGGGCCUUUCUGGGCAUUGGCCUGAGCAAUGGAGAUGUUGAGCUUUGGGAUGUUGGGCGCGAAACGAAGCUCAGAACGAUGGGUGGCCACCAAGCUCAGAUCGCAGUUCUUUCCUGGUACCAACAUCUGCUGUCCUCAGGCUGCGGGGACGGAUCGGUUUGGCACCACGACGUUCGUGUCCCCAGACAUAAAGUGAUGGAGAUGCUUGGACACAACGGUGAAGUGUGUGGAUUGGAAUGGCGGAAGGACGGAGAACUGAUUGCGAGUGGGGGCAACGAUAAUGUGGUCAAUAUCUGGGAUGGGCGAGUUGGCGAUGCCCCAGUUGGAGGGGAUGGUGCUGCCACGGGUCAUGCGAAAUGGACGAAACGAAAUCACACUGCUGCUGUCAAGGCUCUGGCGUGGUCGCCCUGGCAGCCGAACUUGCUUGCGUCUGGCGGCGGCACGAACGAUGCCACAAUUAAUGUCUGGAACAGCACCACUGGUGCACGAUUACACAGUCAGACGACCCCAUCUCAAAUCACCAGCUUGCACUUUGCUCCUCAUCGCAAAGAAAUUCUGAGUACACAUGGCUAUCCUACCAACGCAAUUGGAGUGUGGGCAUAUCCCAGCAUGGAGCGAGUUGCCGAAAUUCGGGAUGCCCAUGACUCUCGAGUCCUUUUCAGUGCAGUUUCGCCUGCUGGAGACAUGGUGGUCACCGGAGCUGGGGACGAAAGCCUCAAGUUUUGGAAGAUAUGGGAUAUUCCCUCUUCUGAAGGCAAGAAGAGUAAGCCCUCAAGUAGCAGAGAAGGGUCCACUAAGAGCGGCGUGCUGUCCAUUCGAUAGAUUUGUCCUCAUUUAGCAUACAUGUUACGGUGGCUGUGCCUGUCAGAUCGAAAAAAGUUGGUUCAUCCCAGUCUCCAUCCUCGUCGGCGCCAUGGGCCGCAUCACCCACGCCCUUUUUGAGUCUGCUUCCGGCUAUGCCAUCUUUGAAGCCAAGCUCUCGGACGACAUUGGCUCUCGCACUGCAGCAGUGCAACAGUCGAUCACCGACCUAGCGAAGUUUGGGAAAAUUGUCACGUUAAUGAGCUUUUUGCCCUUCAAGAGCGCGGCACAAGCUCUGGAAAACGCGAACGAUGUAUCCGAAGGCAUCCUCAACGACUACUUGAAAUCUCUCCUGGAGCUGACUGUCGCCAAGGGUUCGAAGAAAUCUUCCGUCCUUCUUGCUGUGUCAGAGAGUAGCAUUGGUAAAAGCAUCAAGGAUGCUCUCAACAUCAACUGCGAUGCGUCUGUCGAGGCGGAGGAGCUCAUCAGAGGCAUUCGAUUGCACGCAAACAAGCUGCUCAAGGGACUGCAGGAUGACGACCUGACCAAGGCCCAGUUGGGUCUGGGUCACUCGUACUCCCGCUCCAAGUUGAAAUUCAACGUGAACCGAAUCGACAACAUGAUCAUUCAGGCCAUCGCGCUCCUGGAUCAAUUGGACAAGGACGUAAACCUGUUCUCGAUGCGGAUACGAGAGUGGUACGGGUACCACUUUCCCGAACUUGUGCGCAUCGUUCCGGAUAAUCACCAGUAUGCCCUUGUUGCACAAUUCAUCGGGGACAAAGACGUCUUAAAUGAGGAGAAGCUGGCAGACCUUGCGGCUCUGCUUGGAGACGACUCGACUUUGGCUCAGAAUAUUCUGGAUGCAUCCCGUGGCUCGAUGGGAUCUUCGCUCUCCGAAAUCGACAUGCUCAACAUCUCUGCCUUUGCAACGCGCGUUGUGUCCAUUGCAGAAUAUCGAAAGUCGCUUGUGUCGUACCUUUCGGAGAAAAUGAAUCAGGUCGCCCCGAGCCUGACGGCGCUUCUGGGCGAGCGCGUUGGCGCUCGCCUGAUCAGCCACGCGGGGAGUCUCACGAAUCUGAGCAAGUAUCCAGCAAGCACCGUCCAGAUUCUAGGUGCAGAGAAGGCCCUCUUCCGCGCACUCAAGACGAAGGGCAAUACUCCCAAGUACGGCCUAAUCUACCACUCAUCCUUCAUCGGACGUGCAGGCCCGAAACAUAAGGGCCGCAUCUCACGAUUCCUUGCCAACAAGUGUUCUAUUGCUUCGCGUAUAGACUGCUACGCGGACAAUCCCACCGCCAAGUUUGGAGAAGCUCUGCGAGCGCAAGUUGAAGAGCGCCUCAACUUUUUCGAGACUGGAGCUGCCCCUUCUAAAAACUCGGAGGCCAUGCGCAAGGUCCUGCAGGAUCUCGCCCUGGAGGACGAUGCCGACGACGACGCUGACGCCGAGAUGCCUCUGACAACACUCGAGCCGUCGCCCAAGAAAGAGAAGAAGAAGCGCAAGAGUGAGGCCAUGGAUGUAGACGACGCCGAGCCCGCCACCAAGAGGGUGAAGUUGAGCAAGGAGGAGAAGAAGGCAGCGAAGAAAGCAGCGAAGGCGGCGGCCAAAACUACCGACGAGACUGUCAUUGAGAAGAAGGAGAAGAAAGCCAAAAAGGAGAAGAGAGAAAAGACGUGAGCAUGGGCUUUCAUUCUCGCGCUCG